AUGACGCCCGAAAAAAUCAGUUCCUUUCUCAAUAAAUGCACCAAGACGAAAGCUUUCCGACUUGGGCUUUCACUCCAUGCUGCUAUAAUCAAGACGGGAAAUCAAUCAGACAUUUUUAUGGGCAAUCAUGUUCUGAAUUUUUAUGCAAAAUGCGGGCCAAUUAAUAGUGCCUGCAAGAUGUUUGAUGAAAUGCCUCACAGAAAUCUGGUCACAUGGUCUGCUAUGAUAUCGGGAUAUGAUCAGUCGAACAAGCCGGAUUCAGCACUCAUACUUUUCGGAAGAAUGCAGAAACAUUUUAAGCCAAAUGAAUUUGUUUUUGCUAGCGCUUUCAGUUCUUGCUCGAGUCUGAAGGACUUGGGCCUCGGGCGGCAAAUUCAUGCUCAAGCAUUGAAGACGAGUUACGUUUCGGUUGAUUUUGUCCUUAAUUCACUAAUCUUGAUGCAGAUUAAAUGCGGCAUGCUCAGUGAUGCCUUGUCUGCUUUAACUCUUUGUAAGCCUGAAUCAUUGAGUUUGGUUUCUUAUAAUAUUGCAAUUACUGGGCUGGUGGAGAAUGACCAGCACGCGAAAGGGAUUGAGAUUUUCGUACUUAUGUGUCGACGGGGUCUGGUUCCUGACCAAUUUACAUUCGGGGGCCUAUUCGGUGAUGGCGGGCCCGCAUUUGAUUUUUCAGUAGUUACACAACUGCACUGUCAAAUGGCAAAGCUCGGGCUCGACCGCUGUGCCUUUUCUGGAAACGUUUUGAUAAAACUGUACUCAAAAUUUAAUUUACUAAAGGAAUCAGAGAACGCAUUCAGGUCGAUAGAAAAACGGGAUGCCAUCUCUUGGAACACAGCUAUUACGGCUUUUUGUCAAUUUGACGAACACUCAAAGGCUUUACAUGUUUUUAAAGAGAUGGUCAUGGAGAAUAGUGUGAGCCCAGAUAAAUUCACUUUUGCCAGUGUACUUUCGGCAUCUGCAAGCCUGGCUUCCUUGAGAAACGGGAAGGAGAUUCAUGCUCGUUUAAUCCGGACAAGGCCCGAUUAUGACAUCGUCGUCCAAAACGGGCUUAUCAACAUGUACGCCAAAAGUGGGUCCCUUAGUUCCGCAAACGCCAUUUUCGAGCGAAUGGGGGCCCGUAAUCUCGUCUCGUGGAACACCAUCAUUUUUGCGUAUGCGAAUCACGGGCUUGCAGAGAAUGCAAUCGAGCUUUUCCGGAAGAUGACUAAAAUCAUGCUGCCAGAUUCUGUCACGUUUAUCGGGCUUCUCACAGCCUGCAAUCAUUCGGGCCUUGUGGACGUGGGCCGGUCAGUCUUCGACACAAUGAACAAAGUUUACGGCAUAAAUCCUACAGUCGAGCAUUUGUGCUGCCUUGUAGAUUUACUAGGACGGGCUGGGAGUGUUAGCGAGGCCCGGAAAUACAUGCAUAAGUAUUGUAAAAGUGACGAUGCUGUUGUUUUGGGAUCCUUACUUUCUGCAUGCCGACUGCAUGGAGGGCUCAUUGAUGGCGAGCAUAUUGCUGAAAGACUUUUGGAGCUUGGCCCAGUUACGACUUCGCCUUAUGCGCUGUUAUCGAAUCUUUAUGCAUCGAGCGAGAAGUGGGAUUGCGUGUUUGGGGCAAGAAAAAUGUUGCGGUUUAGCGGGUUGAAAAAGGAGGCUGGUUACAGUGUUGUUGAAGUUAAGGGUUCGGUGGAGAAGUUUACCGUUGGGGAUUUCUUCGCAUUCGAGAAUGGAUGA